AUGCAGGUUCCACGCUGCCACUGCCGCGUGUUCAUCCGCCGCACCUCGUCCAAAAAGUCUAGAGACAGCACCGCGGGGAACGAGAGCAAGACACAGACAGGAGAGAGCGCCAGUGUGAACCAGGCAGCGGACGGCUGGCGCCCGGGUGUGAUUAUAGCUUUUUAUGAUCAUGCUCUUUACAACCCUUACCUUUGCCUGCAGACCCGGAAGCAGAUGCCGAGGGGCAACAGGCGCGCUCGGGGACUGUUUACAUUUAAGGAUGUGGCCAUAGAAUUCUCCCAAGAGGAGUGGGAGUGCCUGGACCCUGCUCAGAAGGCCUUGUAUAGGGAUGUGAUGUUGGAGAAUUAUAGGAACCUGCUCUCCCUGGAUAUUUCUGAUGCAUUUACAGGCAAGAGAUUAUCACCAAAGGAAGAAAUUAAUAAAGAGGAAUUAUACAAUAUGGUUAUACUGGAAAGAAAUAAAAGCCAUGACAUCAAGGAUUUUGACCUCAUGGAAUUCUGGAAAAAUAUGCAUAAGUUUGACAGUCAAUGGGGAUAUAAUACAAGAAAUUACCAAGGAAUGCCUUUGACUUACAGAAGAAAUCUCACUCAUAGAAAAGACCAUCAACAUAAUAAAUCUUCAAUUAAUUUUUCUUUAAAGAAUGUUUCUGUAUGUGAUAGUGCAUACCGGCAUUUCAUCCAUGGUAAGCCACUCAUAAGGAAUUUGUUCAAACUGAAAAAUAACAUAAGCCAUACUGGAAACAGGUAUAUGAAGUGUUUUGAAAAUAGGAUUGGAUUAAGCUUAAAGAUACAUCUGGCUGAACUGCAGAGAUUUCAGACUGAGGAGAAAACUUAUGAAUGUAGUCAAGUGGAGAAGUCUGUUGACAAUUGUUCCUUAGUUUCAUCACUUCAAAUAAUUCCUUCUAGUGUCAAAAACAUUUGUAGCCAACAUAGAAAGUUUUUUAAAUACCCUUUGUUACCUACACAGUACAGUAGAGCACACAGAGAAAAAGCAUACAGAUGCGAUGACUGUGGAAAGACUUUUAGCAAAAGUUCAAAUCUCACCAAUCAUCAGAGAAUUCAUUCAGGACAAAGACCCUACAAAUGUAAUGAGUGUGGCAAAGCCUUUAACCAGUGUUCAAACCUCACAAGACAUCAGAGAGUCCAUACAGGAGAGAAACCUUAUAAAUGUAAUGUAUGUGGCAAGGUUUGUAGUCAAAAUUCAAACCUUGCAAGUCAUCAGAGAAUGCAUACUGGGGAAAAGCCUUACAAAUGUAAUGAAUGUGGUAAAGCAUUUAUCCAGCGUUCACACCUUUGGGGUCAUGAGAGAAUUCAUACUGGAGAGAAACCUUACAAAUGUAGUGAAUGUGGGACGGCCUUUGCUGAGCGUUCAAGCCUUACUCAGCACCAAAGAAUCCAUACUGGAGAGAAACCUUAUAUAUGUAAUGAAUGUGGCAAAGCUUUUAAGCAGUGCUCACACCUCACUAGACAUCAGAAUAUUCAUCCUGGAGAGAAACCGCACAAAUGUAAUGUGUGUGGCAAGACUUUCAUCCAAAGUUCAAGCCUCAUGGAACAUGAGAGAAUUCAUACAGGAGAAAAACGUUACAAAUGUAAUAAACGUGAUAAGGCUUUUAUCAAACGUUCACACCUAUGGGGUUAUCAGAGGACUCAUACUGGAGAGAAACCUUACAAAUGUAAUGAGUGUGGCAAGACCUUUACUGAACGUUCAAAUCUUACUCAACAUAAGAAAAUCCAUACAGGAGAGAAACCUUACAAAUGUAGUGAGUGUGGGAAAGCUUUUACCCAAUUUGCCAACCUUACUAGACAUCAGAAAAUACAUACUGAAAGGAAACAUUGCCAACAUAAAAUACAGGAUAAUACUUUUAUCCAAAGUUUAAACGUUGGAGAUUAUCAGAAAACUCGUGGUAGAGAGAAACAUAAGAAAUAUAAUGAAUGAGACAAAAUUUAAACAAGUGUUUAAGCCUUAUUCUGUUUUAGAAACUCUACCACAAAGACAAACCAUAUAAAAUUAACAUAUAUGGAAAAGCCUUUAGCCAGCAUUACAUGUCUUUGAGAGAAACCACACAAAUAAAAUGUGUACAGCAAGGCUUAUCCAAAAUUCCACUCCUGUGGAAUAACCACAGAGUUCAUACUAGGGGGAAACCUUAAAAUUAAUGGAAUGUGAUAUAUAAUACAUACAUAUAUAUGUGUUUAUGAUAGAAUACAUUCAAGGUGGAAACCAUACAAAUGUGUCUAGAUAUUUAGGCAGUGUUGUAACUUUAGGAUACACCAAAGAAUCCAUACUAGAAACAUUACAAAUGUAAUCAAGGUGAUGAAAUGUUUAACCAAUUCUCUGAAUGGAUUACACAUGAGUAUUUAUACUAGGGGAAACUAAGCCUCAUUUUUUCCCUGAGAUUGACUAACUCAGAUGUUAAAUUCCACAAACAAAAAGUUAAGAUCAAGGCUGGGCACUGGCUCAUGCCUGUAAUCCUAGCACUCUGGUAGGUCAAGGCAGGUGAAUCACUUAAGCUCAGUAGUUUGAGACCAGCCUAAGCAAGAGCAAGACCCCUGUCUCCUAAAAAAAAAAAAAAGUUAAAAUCAUUUAAAACUCAAGAGAUGUGUAUCAAAAGAGCAAGAACAU